AAUUUUUGACAAUACUCAAAACGACCGGGUAAAUAUAAAAUCCCAUCGGUAAUCAGUACGCGACCGAUGUGCGACAUUUUCUUUCGAAAGAAGCGCCGAAUACACAGCUGGUUAGCAUCAUUUGCUAAGCGUGUCUAAAGUUAAUUGCAAAAGGGAUCAACAGGACAAUUGAGGGGCCGCACCGUCGAAUAGACUUUAAUUUAGUUGCUAUACAUCUUGCAAAAGCAUCAGCGGGAUGUGUGAUCGAGGAGAUGGAGCUGAAUCCUUCGAUGAUGCGGUCGAAGAACGCGUUAUAAAUGAAGAGUACAAGAUAUGGAAGAAAAAUACUCCAUUCCUGUACGAUUUGGUGAUGACCCAUGCAUUGGAGUGGCCUUCACUUACUGCUCAGUGGUUGCCGGAUGUGACCAAACCCGAAGGAAAAGACUACUCGGUUCAUCGUCUAAUUUUGGGUACGCAUACAUCUGAUGAACAAAAUCAUUUAUUGAUUGCCAGUGUGCAACUGCCUAACGAAGAUGCUCAAUUCGACGCAAGCCAUUAUGAUAACGAAAAAGGCGAAUUUGGUGGAUUUGGCUCGGUUUCUGGCAAAAUUGAAAUUGAAAUAAAAAUCAAUCAUGAGGGUGAGGUGAACAGGGCCAGAUAUAUGCCCCAGAAUCCAUGUGUGAUCGCCACAAAGACGCCAUCUAGUGAUGUGCUUGUGUUUGAUUACACCAAGCAUCCUAGCAAACCGGAACCCAGUGGGGAAUGUCAUCCAGAUCUGCGCUUGAGAGGACACCAGAAGGAAGGAUAUGGCCUCUCGUGGAAUCCAAAUCUAAAUGGAUAUCUUCUAUCAGCAAGUGAUGAUCAUACUAUUUGUUUGUGGGAUAUCAAUGCAACUCCCAAAGAGCACAGAAUAAUUGACGCUAAGAAUAUAUUCACCGGACACACCGCUGUUGUUGAGGAUGUUGCUUGGCAUUUGCUUCAUGAGUCGCUAUUUGGAUCCGUCGCGGACGAUCAGAAAUUAAUGAUCUGGGACACUCGCUGUAAUAAUACCUCGAAACCUUCGCACACAGUAGACGCACAUACAGCCGAGGUUAAUUGUCUCAGUUUUAAUCCAUACUCCGAAUUCAUACUGGCAACCGGUUCCGCCGACAAAACGGUGGCAUUGUGGGAUUUGCGUAACUUGAAGCUUAAGCUGCAUUCGUUCGAAUCACAUAAAGACGAGAUCUUCCAGGUGCAAUGGUCCCCUCAUAACGAAACCAUUCUUGCUUCCUCGGGAACGGAUAGGCGAUUGCACGUUUGGGAUCUGUCAAAAAUUGGCGAAGAACAGAGCGCAGAAGACACGGAAGAUGGUCCACCUGAGCUGCUGUUCAUCCACGGUGGCCAUACGGCGAAGAUUUCCGAUUUCUCGUGGAAUCCGAACGAACCGUGGGUGAUUUGCUCAGUAUCCGAGGACAACAUUAUGCAGGUGUGGCAAAUGGCAGAGAACAUCUACAACGACGAAGAACCGGAUGUUCCGGCAAGUGAAAUAGAGGCCGGUGCCCCAUAAAAGCUUGUAUUUCUCCCAAUAUUUUUAAUUCCAAAUUGUGAGCAUAUGUCUGCUGUAUGUAAUACGAGUAUCACAUUGAAUUUUAAACAUUCUUUACAAGGUCACUAGUUGUUAGUUGUCAUAUUCCAUCGAUAUCGAAAUAAAGAAUUUCUGGUUUAAACUAA